AUGAAGUUUGUUUUAUUGUGGGAAUAAAAUAACGAAAUAAUUGGACGUGUCAUGUCGGAGCCGUAAUUGCUUGAUUCAAAUGCGAACAGUACACGUUGCCGUUUGCACAUAUGUGGUCCCCACCCGCCGACGACUACUAAAUGCCGAAAUCAGGUAAAAGAAAAAGUAUAAAAAAAUUGAUGAUCGUAGAUUGGUGGCGGCGAUGGCGGACGAAGAAACCCUGAUCAGCAGCAGUCAGACCAAGAACAGGAGCUUCGCGCGGUGCGCCUCCCACUCACACGACGAGCUCCAGGGAUUCCGCACGUGGCUGAAAUGGCUCUGCGUCGAUCAGUCCACCCACUGGACCGCCUGCCUCUCCUGGUUCGUCUUCUUCGCCCUCGCCAUUGUGGUUCCGGCGGUCUCGCAUUUCGUCCUCACCUGCGGCGCCGAUUGCGACAGCUUCCACAGCAGGCCGUACGACGCCGUCGCGCAGCUCUCCCUCAGCGGCAUCGCCGCCUUGUCCUUCAUUUGUCUCUCCACCUUCGUCCGGAAGUACGGCCUCCGGCGGUUCCUCUUCUUCGAUAAGCUCCGCGAUGAGAGCGAGACCGUUAGGAAUGGUUACACCCAACAAUUCAAUAGAUCACUGAAGAUCUUAUUCGUAUUCGUGCUGCCCUGUUUAGCUGCCGAGAGUGCGUACAAGAUAUGGUGGUACACAUCCGGAGGAACACGAAUCCCCUUCUUGGGGAACGCAGUAGUGAGCAACACCGUUGCUUGUGUGCUCGAGCUAUGCUCGUGGUUUUACAGAUCGAUGGUUUUUUUCCUUGUCUGUGUUCUCUUCCGCCUUCUGUGCUAUCUCCAGAUUCUCCGCAUGCAAGAUUUUGCACUGGUUUUCCAGGUCAACUCCGAUGUUGAAACAGUGUUGAGAGAACACCUCAGAAUCAGAAGGCAUUUAAGGAUCAUAAGCCAUAGGUACAGAGCUUUCAUACUGUGUGCGUUGUUCUUCAUCACAGCAAGCCAAUUAUCGUCUCUUCUUAUGACCACACGCCCCAAUGCUGAUGUCAACCUUUACCACAGCGGAGAACUAGCGGUUUGCUCUGUUAGCCUUGUGGCGGGACUAUUAAUUCUGCUGCGAAGUGCCGCUAGAAUCACCCACAAGGCACAGGCUGUGACGUGCCUUGCAUCCAAGUGGCACGUCUGUGCCACAAUCGAUUCGUUCGACACCACCGAGACUGAAACUCCGGUGACUCGAAUGGUGGAGGAGCGGAUGUUCACUGCAACCUGUUCGGACGGUUCUUUUGAUCUGGACGAUGUUGGUGAUGAAGAAGAUGAACUCGAUAACUCCAAGUUUGUUCCUAUGUAUACACACAGCACAAUCUCGUUUCAGAAAAGACAAGCAUUGGUAACGUAUUUUGAGAACAAUAGAGCUGGAAUUACGGUGUACGGGUUCAUGCUGGACCGAAGUUCUCUUCACACCAUAUUUGGGCUCGAGUUAUCGCUGGUUUUGUGGCUACUUGGGAAAACCAUAGGCAUAUCUUGAAUUAGCAAAUAAGGACUUGUUUGUUUGUUUGUCCGAGGUUUUCUUUAUCUGAUUUUGAUGUCUGAAAAUCCACCAUUGGUUGUGCUUGUGCAUGGAUCAGCGAAGAAGACGUUGAGCGUGUAGAGAGGAGCAGCAAUUUAUUUAUUAUUGCUAUUUAGUUUUUGUAUAUGUUUUCAUAUUUUUAUUUUCGAUUUUUUUGGUUCUUGCUUUCUCUUAGAAAGAGUGAUGAUUACUGAUGUAUAUACAUACACUUAUACAAGUCUGUACUUUUUUCCCCAGGCAUUAUACUGGUUCAUGUAAUGAAUCGAUAGUACUUGGACAGUACAUAUAAUGUUAUUUGAAUAAUAAAAAUUGAAUCUUUAUACUUAGUCAA